AUGCCUGAACCAAAAAUCAAAGCAGUCUUUUUCGAUUUCAUGGGAACGUGCCUCGACUGGCACAGCAGCGUAGUGGAAGCGCUACCCACAGCAAUCCCAAAGGAUGAAGCCUCCAAGUUCGCCCUGGAAUGGCGCAGACAGUAUUUCCUAGAGACCAGCAAGCGUGUCAGGGAAAAUCUCCACCCAGAAGACAUCGAUAUCACCCUUGCCCGCACUCUAGACGCUCUUCUCGACAACUCACCCGACCACAAACCGCACUUCGACACUAAGACCAAGGAUCAAAUAAUUGAAGCAUGGCACUCACAGAAAGCAUGGCCCGAAGUCUCCGAUGCAAUCAAGACUCUUCGACAAGACCUUGGUCUGGAAGUCUUCGUCCUUGCGAACGGUACGACACGACUCCAGUUAGACUUGACUCAGUCUUCUGGGUUGCAGUUCAAUAUGCUGUUUUCUAGUCAGCUGCUGGGUGUUUAUAAGCCUCGCCCGGCGGCUUAUAAGAAGGGGUUGGAGCUUGUGAAGCUUCGGCCCGAAGAGGUGGUUUUGGUUGCGGCCCAUGCAUAUGAUCUGCGGGGUGCGCAGAACUGUGGAUUGAGGACUGUGUAUGUUCAUCGGUGGACUGAUGAUAUUGAUGAAGAUAUGGAGGUGGUCAAAACUGAGUUUGAUGCAUUUUUGGAGAAUAUGGAUGACCUUGCUAGUGCCAUUCGGGGAUUAUGA